AUGGGCCGCACGAGGUCCACCACGAGCUCUGCGCCCCUCAGCCGCACCCUCCCCAAGCGCGCUCGCCUCGUCACCGCUCGCUUCGACCCGAGCACCAUCGCCGCCGAGCCCCAGCAACAGAGCGGGAGCCACAGAAGCACGUCCAAGCCCAGGGUCAAGGUCAAGCCCAAGCCCAAGCCCGUCGCGCGCCAGACCGUCAAGACGCAGGCCGGCCUCAGCCGCAAGUCGGGCGGGACGACGACGAGCGGCCAGCCGGCGUCGCUCCGGGCCAAGGUCCUCGCCGCUGUCGUGCGCCUGUCGCGCGAGAAGAAGCGGGGCAAGAAGGGCGUCGGGCACUCGAGCGUCAACACGUACCUCGCCAAGCGUGCUCCUCCGCCCUCACCCUCCUCCAUGGUCACCAGCUUCGCGACCCUCGUCCUCGAGGCCAAGCACCAGCUCGUCCAGGACGGCUUCCUGCGCUACGGCGAGGGCGCGGGCAACACGCUCGCGGUCGCUCCCGGCGUUCGCGAGGACGUCGAAAUGCUCUGCGACAUCUCGAACCCGAACUCGAGCGACGACGAGCGCGCCUGCACCACGUUCCUCUCGAGCACUGCCGACAAGCGCCGUGCCGGCUCGUCCAAGCCCGCCAUCAAGCUCCCAAGCUCCUCCUCGCGCCAGCCCGAGGUCGUCGUCAGCGUCCCGACCUCGUCGCCGCUGUCGUCGCGCCCGUCCUCGUCGGCCCCCAAGAAGCGCCGCGCGAGCACGGCCUCGAGCGACGCCCGCAGCGCCUCUGAGCUCGACACGCUCACCGAGUCGGACAACGUCGCGACGCCGAGCCGCUCGCGCAAGCUCAAGCCGUCGUCGGCGGGCCGCAGCGGGCGCCAGAAGAAGAAGGUCCGCAUCGUCACGCCGAGCGAGCAGGGCUCGGACUCGGACGGCGACUCGACGACCGACGCGCAGGGCAGCUCGAACGUCGACGAGGACGCCGACGUCGACUCGGGCGGCGACGAGGACGACGACGGCGAGGCCGGCGCGACGGGCCGCAAGGCCAAGGCGCCCGUCGCCAAGUUCGACACGCGCGGCGGGCUCGGCCGGCUGACCAAGGUCCAGCUCGUCGCCAUGAUCGAGGAGCUGCGCGGCGCGGUCAAGGAACGCGACGACGAGCUCGGCGAGGCGCGUGAGCAGCUCGACGUGCUCGGCGAGGCGCGUGAGCAGCUCGACGUGCUCGGCGACAGCGCGCGCGAGUGGGAGGCGAGGGCGAGGGAGCUCGGGUGGCAGGACAAGCUGCUCGAGGGGGCGGCGGACGACGUCGAGGAGGGAGCGGCGGCUGGAGGAGGGGUCGACGAGAAGGUCGAGAAGGAGGCGGCGGGCGAGGAGGGCCUGAGCGAGGCCAAGGUCGAAGGUUCGGCGCCGUCGCAGGACGCUCAUCCGGAGCCCGAGCCCGUCCCGGGCAUCGACGGCGCCGCGAUCGACGUCAACAAGGCCGCCGACGUCGACGUCGAUGUCGUCGCGCAGCCCGAGCCGGACGCCAACGAGGUCGAGGUCCAGAUCUCGUCGACCGCUGUCAAGACGCCCGUCAAACCCGCCACCGCCGACGACUACGACGCCUCGAUCGACGCCGACCUCCUCAUCGACGACGACGCGUUCGACGCCGAGCUGCGCCGCGCCGGCUGGCCCACCCCGACCGUGCCCUCGGCCGCCACCACGACCUCGACCGACUCGAGCUCGAACGAGCCGAGCCCGCCUGCCCCUCGCCCGUUCGCCGGCGCUCCGCUCCCCGUCGCCGUCCUCGAGCUGGCGGAGGCGGUAGCGCCCGAGCCUCGUCGCGGCGCGUCGGCCCCGCCGGCGCCGCGCUCGUCGCCCUCGGCGCGCGAGCAGGCCCGCCUUACGAUGCAGAACGGCUGCAUCACGACCGUCAUGACGGUCCUCGUCGACUCGCCGGCGUCGCACACGCUCGGCGCCGCCGCGUCGGCUGCCGGCCGCACGUCGGUCGAGCCCGAGAAGGCGGCCGUUGUCCCGCGCCGCUCGAGCCUCCCGACCGACGCCGCGCUGCGCGGGUCGCCCUCGUCGUCGCCGCACAAGGCGCCGGCCGACAUCUUUGCGCGCUUCGGUGGCGAGCGCGCGAGCAGCGUCGCGUCGGUCUCGUCGUCCUCGUCAUCGUCGGCGGCGGCGCAGGUCCAGAAGGAGCUCGUCGGCGGCAAGCUCGGCGACCCGGCCUCGGCCGCUCGCAUCGCCGAGCUCGAGGUGCAGCUCCACGAGUACCAGGAGAGGGAGAAGGAGCUCGAGGGCGAGCUCGAGAAGGCGAGGGCGGAGUGCUCGGCGCUCGAAGAGGACGUCGGCGGGAUUUUGAGUCGCCACCACGACGCCACCAUCGCGCUCUCGAAGGCGAACCUCGAGCUCAAGGCGGCCACCGACAAGCUCGUCCUCGAGCGCGACAACCUCAAGGCGGCCACGGCGCAGCACGAGUACGGGCGCGAGCAAGAGCUCAAGGCGCUGUCGACCCUCGAGUCGGACCGCAACGAGAUCCGCUCGCUCGUCCUUCGCCACGCGCUCCGCCACGCGCAGCAGGCCGGCAACCAGAUCGCGUGGCCCGACUCGGCCAGCCUCUCGCACGAGCAGCUCGUCCCGCUCCUCGAGUCGCUCAUGGUCCGCCUGCACGCGCGCGGCCAAGACGUCACGAGGCUCGAGCGCGAGCGCAGCUCGUGCGCCGGCCUCGUCGCCGGCCUCCUCCGCUCGCGCCAGGACGUCGGCGACGUCGUGCUCGCGACCUCGUCGACCCAGGUCGUCGGCGGCGUCGGGACCAACCUCGAGGCGGCGGUUCAGCUCGUCGGCCGUAUCGUCGACCACCUCGUCGCCGAGCUCGGCACCAAGCAGAGCGCUCUCGAGGAGGCCUCGCAGCAGGUCAAGGACUACUCGAAGCUCGUCACGUCGUCGACCGAGGUCCUCGUCGGCGUCUUUGGCACCCUCGUCGCCAGCCUCGGCCCGCUCAUGUCGUUCGACGGCACGGCGCCGCAGCACCUGCACGCCCUCGUCGAGAACCUCCCCGCCCUCGCGCUCUGCGUGUCGCGCCGUGUCGAGACGUCGCAGGGCCUCGUAACCCAGGCGCAGAACGGGCAGCGCACCGCCACCUCGGAGCUUGAGAAGGUCAAGUCGCAGCUCCAGGUCGAGACGAGCCGCAACGCCGUCCUCGCCGCCGAAAAGGAGACGCUCUCGACUCGCGUCGUCAAGCUCGAGGGCAUCCGCGACUCGUUCAUGGCGAGCCUCGACAAGCUCGGCCUCCUCUCGCGCACCUGA